AUGCCGCUCCCCUCGCUCCCUCUUUUCUUGGCAGCGCAACAGCAUGCGCAGAAUGAUGCCGGCAAAGUCGCUGUGAUUGAUGCCACCAAAAAAGAGUCAUUUACUUUCACACAACUUCUCGAGGAUGCGGCGGCACUUCGCAAACAGAUCCUAGAGUUGCUGGGGCUGACGGCCACGGGUGACUUGGAGGAACGGCGCAUUGCAUUCCUUGUACCGAAUGGCUACGACUAUGUUGUUACUCAAUGGGCCACCUGGGCUGCGGGUGGAGUUGCUGUCCCUCUCUGCACAAGCCACCCCGCCAAGGAGCUCCUAUAUACCAUCGGCGACUCGGACCCUUCGUUGAUCCUCAUCCACCCUGCCUUCGAGAGAUUGGCUCCAGCGUUACGUGAGGGAUGCACCACGGAUAUCCCAUUCCUUGGCCUUGAUCCUUUCAGCCGCAAUGACUCGCCCUCCUUGCCCACAUUCGUUCCCGCAUUCCCGCUUAAUCGCCGCGCCCUUAUGAUCUAUACCUCUGGAACAACAGGCAACCCCAAGGGAGGCGUGAGCACACACGAGAUCAUUGAGUUCCAAGCGAGCUGUCUCGUUAAGGCAUGGAAGUAUAGCCCAUCCGAUCACCUUAUCCACGUGCUCCCGCUCCACCACAUCCACGGCAUUAUCAAUGGCUUGACGGCCUGUCUUCUGAGCGGCACCACUGUGGAAAUGCAUCCCAAGUUCGAUCCGAAAGUUAUCUGGGAGCGCUGGCAGGAUCGUGGCUCAUCGACUAUGUUCAUGGCUGUACCGACCAUCUACUCUCGUCUGAAUGAUUACUUCGAUGCGAACAUCCGUGGAACAGACCGUGAAGAAGCGGCACGGGAGGGAGCAAAGGCUCUGCGUCUCGUUGUUAGCGGGUCGGCUGCCCUGCCCACUCCCGUCAAGACUAAAUUUGCCGAAAUCACCGGCCAGAUACUGCUCGAGCGAUUUGGUAUGACUGAAAUCGGUAUGGCGAUUAGCUGUGGAUUGGAAUUAGAUAGGCGAGUUGAUGGAAGUGUGGGGUGGCCGCUCCCCGGAGUUCAAGUCCGUUUGACUGAGAAAGAGACCGGACGCGUCAUCGAAGAGAUCGACCAAGAUGGUAUGAUCGAGAUUAAGGGCGGCAAUGUCUUCCGUGAGUAUUGGCGGAAGCCAGAGGCAACGGCUUCUGAGUUCACGGCCGAUGGGUGGUUUAAGACCGGUGAUGUGGCUAAGCGGGAUUCUACUGGGGCAUACUUCAUUCAAGGUCGUGCAUCUGUUGACCUGAUCAAGUCUGGUGGAUACAAGAUCUCUGCGUUGGAAGUGGAGCGGAAGAUGCUUGCGCUAGAGUCGAUUCAAGAAGUGGCUGUUGUUGGACUCAAGAAUGAGGAAUGGGGUCAGCAGGUGGCUGCCGUUGUCAAAUUUCGUGAAGGGGCUACACCAUUGGAGCUCCCAGAACUGCGCGCUAUUCUGAAGACCGAGAUGGCGCCUUACAAGGUGCCCACAGUCUUAAAGGUUGUUGAUGGGAUUGAGCGCAAUGCCAUGGGCAAGGUCAACAAGAAGACCCUCAUUCAGAAAUAUUGGCCUGAUAAGGCUUGA